AUGGUAUGGUUUUGCUCUGGCUACGGUGUACUCUUGACCAGUUUGCAGUGCCGUUUGGGGCUACGAGGCUCCUUGAAUUUCUGCCAACAUCCUUCUCCCUGUUCAGACCCAGAACCGUUCCCGAUUCGCCUCCGAGCCCGAGCCCCAGGCCAGCGCUCCUCUGCGGGCUCUCCGGGUCUCUCCAAGUCGAUAAUCGGGCAGCUCUCCACAACAGACCGCCGCUCUGCUCGGAGCUGCAGACCUACGUUCCUUGUGGCAGCUCCCUGGAACAUCAGGCCUGGAGCAAACUUGACGGUUGGGGUAGCUCUGCUGCCGGACAGCCCAGCACAGGUCACCGUAAAGGGAGAAGUGAUCAGAGAUAACGAGACCAUCUUGAGCCGGGAAAUGGUCUUUGAGAAAGAUACCUUUGGGACUCUUGUUCUUCCAGUACUGCCUCUGAACAGUGCUUCUGGGAAUUAUGAAUUACUGGUGGAGGGCCGUGCUGGUGGCCAGCUCAUCUUCUCUAACCGUACCAGCCUGAUGUACGUGUCAAAGAGCACCUCUGUAUUCAUCCAGACUGAUAAAGCCAUGUAUAAACCAGGACAAGAUGUGCUCUUCCGGAUUGUCACUGUCUAUCCUGAUCUUAAACCUUACAGAGUGUCUCUGAAUAUCUAUAUCCGAGAUCCUCGGAAGAAGUUGAUUCAGCAGUGGUUGAUGGAGGAGGGUGAUUUGGGUGUAGUUUCCAAAAAAUUUCAGUUAUCAAUGAGCCCUCCACUAGGAGACUGGUCCAUAGAGGUGGAACUGAAUGGUCAAGUUCAUUAUCAAAGAUUUCAAGUGAUGGAAUAUGUGUUACCAAAAUUUGAUGUCAUGAUAACAACACCCUUAUACUACUCUUUGAGAGAUGAAGAUGUAACUGGUGUUGUCUCUGCAAAGUACACAUACGGAAAGCCAGUAAAGGGAACUGUAACAAUCACUUGCCUUUCUGUUUCUUACUGGACAAACAAGAGAAAUAUAACAACAACAAUGGAGAUAAAUGGAUCUGUGAAUGUAACCUGUAACAAGCUAAUGCUGCAAAACUUGAAUGCUGAGCAAUCGUGGCACCACGGUGGCAGCGAUUACACAGAGCCGAUAGAAAUGAUUGCGGUGGUGACUGAGUCACUCACAGGUGUCUCCCAAAAUUCAAGUACCAUCAUAUUUCCAAAGCAAAGUGAGUUUGCCUUGGAUUUUUAUCUAAAGGUGUCUCGUUCUGAUAGCAACCAGCUGACAGCUGAAGAGAGGCAGAAUCUUGUAACAAUCACUGCACAACAGUCAGACCUGCUUUUCCAUCACUCUUCAUUUUCUCACAUGGAAAAUGAGGCAACAGAGGAGAGAAAUCUGACAGUUCACGUCCUGAACUACACAGUUCCAGAAAAUGGAGUAAUUGAUGUUGAAUUUCCAAUCCUGUCUGAUACAAAAACUCUGAGAGUUCAGGCAGAGUUCCUCAGCAGUAAGACUGACAUAGGUGUUUAUGAUGUGUUCAGCUCCCCCAGUCAGACUUAUCUCCAGGUUAAAACAAGGAGCCAGGAUAUAAAGGCUGGGAAGCCUUUUGAGCUGAGCAUUGCAAGCAACAAGCCAGUGAGAGAGUAUCACUAUCUGGUAUUAUCUAAGGAAGAAAUUAUGGCUUUUGGCACAAAGUCUACAAAAUCAUUCACUUUAACAGCAGAAAAUUCCUGGGCUCCUUUGAUAUCUGUACUUGUAUUCUAUGUAGAUGAGCUUGGAGUGGUUGUAAAUGAUGCUCUCACUGUCCCCAUCCAGCCUGCCUUGGAUGACAAGAUUAAAAUCUCUUGGAGCAAAGAUAAGGCCAAGCCAUCUGAGAAAGUCUCCCUUAAAAUCAGUACAACAGAGCCAGGAUCAGUAGUUGGACUCUCAGUUGUUGAUAAAAGUGCAAAGCUUCUGGGAGAAAGUAGUGACAUAACAGAAGAAUCUGUCCUCCAUGAGCUCAAUUUAUACAGCACAGUGCAGUAUUUCCCCCUGGUCAGAGGUUCUUUUGGUGUAUUUCAGAAAUGCAGCCUUUGGGUAUCAACUGAUGCAGUUCUUGAGGAGGAUAAGGAACAUUUUCUUUAUGAUGGAAUGAUACCUAUAGAGGAUGGUUUCGGUGAUGAUAUGUCGAUAUCUAAAAAUGGACCUCCUGAUUUCAGCAAUCUCUAUGUGAGGACACAUUUUCCAGAGACUUGGCUUUGGAUUGACACUAAAAUGAGGUCUGACACAGAAACCACAGUGGAUGCCAUAGUACCUGAUACCAUCACAUCCUGGGUAGCCAGUGCUUUUGUGAUCUCUGAAAACGGCGGGCUUGGAGUGACGACUGCUCCGGUGGAGCUACAAGUUUUUCAGCCUUUUUUUGUUUUCCUGAACCUUCCAUACUCCAUCAUCAGAGGAGAGCAGUUCAUUUUGGAAGUGAACAUCUUUAAUUAUUUGAAAGAAGAAGCUGAGGUUACUGUGAUCCUGGAUAUGAAUGAUGCUUUUGAAGUUAUUCUAACAUCCAAUGAAAUAAAUGCUACAGCAAAUCAACAAUCCAUAUCUGUACCAAGUGAAGAUGGGAAAACUGUUCAAUUCCCAAUCAAACCAAAACAGCUGGGAGAAAUUCCCAUCAAAGUGACAGCAAUAUCAUCUGCUGCUUCUGAUGCUGUUAUCCAGAAAGUUUUAGUGAAGGCUGAAGGAUUGGAACAGACGUAUUCUCAGACAGUCCUUUUGGAUUUGACUGGGAAUAAACGACAAGCAGUGUCAAAAUCUUUGGAAUUCACUUUUCCUUCUGAUGUUGUAAGUGGCAGUGAGAGAGUGCAGGUCACUGCUGUUGGUGAUUUACUUGGGCCUUCUAUCAACGGUUUGUCAUCAUUGAUUAAGAUGCCUUAUGGCUGUGGUGAACAGAAUAUGAUCAAUUUUGCUCCGAAUGUUUAUGUUUUGCAAUACUUGAUUAAAACCAGGCAGCUGAGAGAGGAUAUUAGAUCAAAAGCGGUAUCGUUUAUGAGAAAAGGCUACCAAAGAGAGCUGCUUUUCCAGAGGGAUGAUGGCUCUUUUAGUGCCUUUGGAAAUGAAGAUCCCUCUGGGAGCACAUGUAUUGAUGGUUUGGAAGAUGAAGAUUAUUUGCCUGUACUGGCAGCUCUGUUCCAGGAGCCUGGGAAAGUGUUAAACAGUGAUCUUCAAGGAGGCACCAAUAACCCAAUUACUCUCACAGCUUACAUCAUGUCAUCCCUCCUGGGGUUCCCAGAUAAACAGCAUGCUUAUGCCAUCAAGACUGCUACAAAUUUUCUAGAAGAUAAAUUAGAAGAAGGCAUUUCAGAUAAUUACACAUUGGCACUUGUGACAUAUGCAUUGUCCUGGGCAAAAAGUGCAAGAGCGAAGGAAGCACUGAAUAUAUUGAACCAGAGAGCAGAACGCCAAGGAGAAUUUUGUUUCUGGGUAACACCUGCUUCUGAAAUUUCUGACUCAUGGCAGCCACGGUCCAUUGAUAUUGAACUUGCAGCAUACGCUCUUCUCUCUCACUUUCAUCAAGACAGAUUUGCUGAGGGAAUCCCUAUUAUGAAAUGGUUAAGUCAUCAAAGAAAUCACCUUGGGGGAUUUUCAUCUACUCAGGACACAGUGGUGGCUCUACAAGCAUUGAGUCUGUUUGCAGCUCUCACUGCAGCAAGCAAAACAGAAAUGGAUGUAACAGUGACGGCCCCUUCUUUGGAAAUGCCAGAAACAUUCUCAAUUGAUACUCGAAACCGUUUCCUGCUUCAGACUAAGGAGAUUCCCCCUGCACAGCAAAUGACAAUUACAGUGUCAGCGGAGGGAAUGGGAUUUGCUGUCUUUCAGCUCAAUGUUAUGUACAACACAAAACACACCGAUCAGAGGCUCAGAUCUGUCCAAAAUCAAGAAGCCUUUGACUUGAAUGUUGAUGUAAAAGAUGAUAAAGAUGAUAAAAACCACUUGACUUUGAAUGUGUGCACAAGGUACUUUGGUUCUGGCACAGCUCCCAGUAGUGGUAUGGUCCUCAUGGAGGUUGGCUUACUCAGUGGUUUCUCUGUGUCACCAGAUUUUGUUCCAUUAGACAAUACAGUUAAGAAGAUGGAAAAAGACAAUGGAAAAGUCAACCUAUACUUAGACUCUCUUAAUGGAACACAGGUUUGUGUGGAUAUUCCGGCUACGAGAGACUUCAAGGUGGCAAAUAUCCAAGAUGCUUCAGUGACUGUAGUGGAUUACUAUGAACCUAGGAGAAGAGCAGUGAGAAGCUAUAACUCAGAAGUAAUGCAAAGUGUAACCUCUUGUGACUUCUGUGAAAGUGAUUGCAACCUUUGCCACCGAGACGGUUCUGCAGCCUUGCUUCAGCACUCUUCAUUGGCCUCCUUGUUCUGUGUACUCUUUGUCAUCCAUGUAAACUUGCUGUGCAGUUGGGUGCUGUAAAAGAUUAUGUUUCACAUCUAAGGUUUCCAUUAAUUAUCCAAAGAAAAUUUUAUGUUCAGAUACCAGCCCGUCUUUAGUGAUUACCAUGACCAAACUCCUGCUGUGUUCAGGGAGAACUGGGCUGGCCCAUAUGGUAAAUUUUCUGGCUGUGCCAGAAAACUUCUGCAAGUGUCUGCUGGAAAAGCUUUCCAAGUGUUAGUUUCAUACUGAAUUUAUAUUCUGAAGAAGCACGGAGUUACUGACAAAGCAGUAUGAUGAAAAGUAAACUUAGUUCCAUAUUCCCACUUUGUUAUUACCCCAGCUUCCAACUGUGCUUUUUUUUUUAGAGAUGCAUGUUUUACCAUGCUUUUCCAAAACACUGUGCUUCUCCAUUAGGGAGUUGAUGGGCAAUGAUAGGAGCUUGGUAUCAGAGCUCACUUUGUUCUGUUCUGAAGAUGAGACACUCCACAUUAAUACUGAAUUUCUCUGUGUGCUCUCAUGGGGAAUACUAUGAAAAAAAAAAAAGAAGGAGCUGGCUUCAGAGCAGAUCUAAGAGCCAAAAAGUACUGCAUUUACAAACUGCUGAAUGCUCCAGAAAGCUGUCAGUCUUCUUUUUUUUUUUAGUCUUUUCAGAGAAGGUAGGCAGACUUUUUUGUCAAUUCAUAAGCUAAUCAUGCUUGAAAAUAAGGCCUCAGGAUGUUCUCAUGCAUUUUAGUCUGAAAGGCUUUUUACUGUAAACACAUCAAAGAUAAAGUUUGUUUUUCAGACUUAAUUUUUCCAGGGUUAUUCAGAAACAAAUGCAAUUCUCUUUCUGUGUGAGAAUGCUGGUGUCAAUUGGCAUAUAUUUAUGGCCAGAUGAAGGAAGUUUGCUUUGAACCUGUUCUGGUUUUUUGGUGUCUCCUAGAAACGUCACUCUGGGGCAUCAUUUAUGUCUUGCGCUUUCAGUGUCUUGUCAACAGUUCAGGAGGCAUAACCCCAAACAGUUGUUUACUGCUCUCAGUACCAUGUGAGUUGGUGGCCCUGGAUGCCACCUGUGCCCCCUGUUUCUGGUGGUGGCUUUAGGAGGCAUGGGCUGCAUAUGUGUUCAGUCCAGCCAAACAAUCCACAUGCUUGCUUAACUUCAACCACAUCCUUGUAUGUUCAAGGGCUCUGCUGAAGUGGAAUGGAGGAGGGCAAUGCUGAAAAGUAGCAGGCACUUUUACACCCAAACCUGCUCUUUGCACAUGGGGAGAAUUCCAGGUCUCUGUGAGUGUGGAAAUGUGUGAGCUUGGGAGCUUGUUGCUCCUGGGUGAAUGUAUGAAUGCCUUCCUUGUCUGGCAACCAAUCUGUCCUUCUUGUGCACUACCUGUAACAUCUAAUGCUUAAUUCUUUUUGAUGAGGCAGCCAAGCUGUUACACUCAUACUUACUAAAAUGAAGUUAUUAGCUGUAAUGCUGACUAAGGUGGAAAUUAUAAUUUCUAUUGAUUCCUUUUCUUUCACACCUUUUAGAGACUAAAUGUGUUUUUUGUGCACAUGUAAUAAUAUAGUAGUCACUUUCCUUGGGCAAUUUCUAAUUUUUAUUCAAUUUUUGCUACUGCUUAAAAUGUAUAUUUUUGUAUUUAUGCUCAUCUAUAAUGUUGUUCACGGAAGAAAUUUUGCAUAGUAGCAUGGGAAAAAGCCUGAACUUCCUGAACUGGGGAUGCCUUCUAAUACAAAUGUAUAGGUUUUAACUGCAGAACUAGUUUAGAUGGGGUUAUUUGUCUUACUUCACCUGUUUUUGGAAUUGACAAUGUUUUUCACAAAUUUGAAGUUCUGUCCUGUUUCUCAGGCAGAGCUUAGGCCUGGUUUUUCAUAGUCAUUCAUGCUUCUCACUUGCCCUUGGUGUGUUUUGGAUUUAGCCUUUUGAGUAGUUAAUUAGUGCCUGAUCAGUGUUGUGCUGCUCUGACCUACAUGAAGUAAUGUAUUUAUUGAAGCCAAAAACACUGCUUAGUCAGUAGGGUGCAGAAUCUCGCCCUAUGUAAGCCAUUCACUUGGUUACAUGGGUCCAAUGCUAAGAGAAACAAAGAUACAGACUUAAACACAUCUCUGCAUCUCAAAAACCUUUAUUCAUUUAUGGGAGCCUAAAUUGAACUGUGCCAAGUUAAGAGCUGGAAAAAUGUUUCAUCUAAGCUGGGAUGUGUUUUGCUGUGGGUUUGAUUUUCUUAUGACCUAUGAAAGUUGGUCUUCUCUUUCUUUGAGAACAGCAGACUUGACAUGUCAUUUGCCUUCCUUUAAUAUAAUUUCAAAAACCCAAAGCUCACAUGCUUCCAGGUUUUUUCUAUACAUAGGGUUUCUAAUAGGGACAUUGGUACCUGAUUAAUGAUAGGAUAAAGGGUCUUAUUUUCUAGACAAGAUGUACUGGAGAUAAAUUGCUCUUUUGCAGUAGAUAAUAGGAAUAAAUUAGUUCUGUUUUGCAUGCAGUCCAAUCUUCCUGAAAAUCCUCCAAGAAAAACGGAUUUAAACUGCUUAGUUGAGUUUUGGACAGCACAGCUUUUACUAGUAUUCCCUUACAUUUGUUUCUGAGACAAACAACACAUGUUUUUAAAUUACUUUUGGCUGCUUUGCACACUAUAUUAAGAAUCAUCAGUCAUAAUGCACCAUGUCAGGGAAAUUGUUGGAGUCAGUGAAUAAACAUCCUCUUUUAUUUUACUUUAUUUUAUACAGCAGGCAUAUUAUUGUAGGCAUCCAAAUCUGCAUCUGUAUCAAGCUAUUUUAAAGGAACCAUGUACGUUGUAUGACUUUAAACAAAUGCUUACACCAGGUGGCCUUUAACAUUUCUGCAUCAGUGCCUUCAGUCACUUUGCAGUAGUGGCUGGUGCUUUGAAUGAAUUGCAGAGGAUAAAAUUUGUACUUUGUGGGCAGUGAAUGGAACAGCAGAAAUGCAAUAUUGCUCAGCAUAAUGACUUUUUUUGUUUUCCUCAUUGUUGUGUGGGAACCUUUACACUAAUGCUCAGCAUAUAUAUUAUCCCCAUUGCUGUAUAAUAUCCAUUUUGGAUGUUAGGGGUGUCGUGUUCCCACUGAAAUUGGUAGGAAAUCUUGUAGCAAAAAUUCUUUUGGAUCUCUUUAGCAAUACGGUCUAUAAGGAGCUUUAAGGAGUGAUGCUAAAAGCAUUCAUGAAAAGCUAUUUUGUGAUGGAGUCUUAAUGUUGUAUUGUGUGAACAUUUCUGCUGUUCAUUGAAAUCUGAAUGUGUGCUGGUACUUCCCAUGCUCUUUUCACCCACAGGGUGUGAAUGGGCAUGGUCUGUCUAGAGGCCUUAAUAUGCUAUUGAAUCAGUAAGAAAUAUUUAUUUAGGAUUGAGUCUAAAACAAAACUGUAAUGCAUUUUAACGGUGUUCUCCCCAAAUUCUGCCUCUGCUAUCAUCCAUCACCUUAGCUGAGGGUUUCUCUAAAGGUUUCAAUGUGGGAGUCAUUUAGAGAUCUUCUAUACUAAAUUCUGCUGUACAGAAUGUUUGGUUCCCAGCAUGGCAGCUCCAUAGAAUUGUUUAUGUUGGAAAAGACCUUUAAAAUCAUUGGGUCCAACCAUUAAGCCAGCUUUGCCAAGUCCAUCACUAGACCGUGUCUGCAAGUGCCACGCCUGAACUCUUUGUAAAUAGCCCCAGGGAUGGUGGCACCACUGCUUCCAUUGGCAGCCUGUUCUGAUGCUUAACAGUGAAGAAAUUUUUCCCAAUAUUCAAGCUAAACAUCCCCUGGCACAACUGGUAUCAAACACAAGCAGUGCAGAUAUUCCCAGUUAGCUUCCAUAUCAUGUGCUCCUGUUCACUUCACAAGCAGGAGCUUGUGGUUUGUGCACAUCAGUGGCACAUGCUAAAAGGGAGAGGUGGCCAGACGGGUGCAGGAGAAACAUGAGAGCCAUAUCCAGUGUUCACAGAAUCAUAGAAGGUGAAGGGGUUGGAAUGGACCUUACAGAUCAUUUUGUCCCAGCCUCCCUUGCCAUAGACAGGGACACCUCCCACUAGAUCAGGUUUCUCAAUACCUCGCCCAGCCUGGCCUUGAACGCUGCCAGGGUAGGGGCAUUCACAACCCCACUGGGCAACCUGUUCUGGUGUCUCAUUAACCUCACAGUAAAAAACUCCUGAAUAUCUAUUCUAAGUUUCCCUUCUUUCAGUUGGAACUCAUUACUCCUUGCCCUGUUAGUACCGCUCCUGACAGAGUCCCUCUCAGGCUUCCCUGCAGGCCCCCUCCAGAAGGUUGCUGUGAGGUCUCCACACAACUUUCUCUUCUCCAGGCGAACAGUCCCAACUUUCCCAGCCUGUCUUCACAGGGGAAGUGCUUCAGUCCUCUUAUCAGCUUCAUGGCCUUCCUCUGAACUUGCUCCAACACUUCCAUGUCCUUCUUAUAUGACAGGCCUAAGAUGCAAACAUCAAUUUUUGGUUUUCAAAAUAUUAUCCUAGCAAUAUUUCUCUGAAUACGUUGUUCAAGUUGGUAUGAAUAUUGACAGUAUUUGAUUUUAGCUGAGUCCUGCAGAAAGCUUUUGCAUGCACUGAGCUGUUACAGGCUGCAGUGUUCUGCAAUGUGCAAUGUGUGUGCAUAAACACAAGAUCGUCACAAAGUGCCCAAACAAACAAUGCUGUGUAGUGUUCUGUUUCUAGGAAAGAAUAUAUUAGAAAGCAACUAGUGCCUAAUGGCAUAAUUUUUCUGUCUGAAGCACUAAGAAAGAGGAUUCAAUUUUAACUCUAAUGUUUCAUUAUAUUUUUGUUAUAACAUUUCUUCUUCUACUAUAAGUCCCUUAUGCAGUGAACUAUCUCUAUGUGAUCUGAAGAUUUUGAAAUUAGGUGCUUAAUUAAUUUAUAAAACAUAACAGCAGUUGUUUCCUUUUCACCAUAUCAAAAUAUUUCACUUCCGCAUUGUUUUUUAUUCAUUUUAAUGUAUUUCUGUGUGUCAAAUGGAAAGGCCAUUGCUUUAUUGCUAUUCUAAGCAAUAAAAGCUGAUAGUGUGCUAUAUUAGAUUAAUCUAAUGAUUACUUUUCCUAUAGAUAGCUUAUUUUCAGAUAGGUAUGAACAUUAAUUCCUUAUGUGCUGCAUUUGAGUCACCAGUACUCCAGUAUAAGAUUUAUCUUUAAAUUCAAAUGAUUAAUUGCAUUUCUUAGUAGCUACCCAAAAAACUUCAUCAGCAUUGCUCAUAUCUUAUAAUGUUAUAUUAUGAACAGGGGUUUUUUUUUGUGUUUUUUUGUUUUGUUAGAUUGUAUGGGAUACUAAAUACAAAGAAGAAAAUAAAAAUAUGCUUGCUCAGUGGAAGUAUAUAAGCAGGUAUAAUGUCCUACUGACUGGCACAUCUCUUCUUUUUCCAUAUCAGUCCUUAAACAAUUCGAACUAAAAUUCUUGACUGCUUUGUGACAUAUUCAUUUACCCAACUGGAUCUAUGUUAGGAUCAUCAUUUACAUUUUCACUUUUGAUCAAAUCAGAUAUCGCAGAAAAAUAAUGCUUUUAUGGGCUGUUUUGAGCAAACAGAGGUGAACUAACAUGCCAACUAUGCAAAUAGCUUCUCUCUUUUCAAGUAAUAAAGCAAAUGUUAAGGAACUAGACUGUUUCAAAGGACCUUGGAAGAUUGUCAUUAGUUUAUUUUUCUUCAAAUAAAGUUUGCAAUAGCUAUUUUUAAAUGCUAUUAAAGAUGACUUUUAAUAAUACA